AUGGAUGUUCAAGAAUUCCAAACAUCUCCUCCCUCUUCUCCUCUUCCUCCUCCUCAUCAUCAAACCCAAGUCACUAACUUUGGUUUCCAUGAUUGUGCCAACGGUAGAGGUGACUUUGAGCACUUGAUGAAUCUCAUUAAUGGAGGAAAUGAUGGCAGUGAUGGGUUAAUAUUCAAUGACCAAUUCUGUCCCACCACAGCAAGAGACAUGUUUGAUUUCAACUCUAUCUCUGUGAGUGAUUCAAAUCCAGGGUCUAUACUCAGUUCAUCAAAACCCUUUGGUGGAGAAGUGGAUUUGAAGGAGAAUGAAGAGGAUUCAUCCCAAGUCUUAGUUUCAUGGACCAGUAAGAAGAUGACAGUGGAUCGAGCUAGAAUGUUGAUUUCAGAGAGACGAAGAAGGAGCCAGAUGAAGGAGAAGCUUCUUGCUUUGCGUGCCUUGGUUCCUAACAUAUCUAUGAUGGAUAAGGCUUCCAUGAUAGGAGAUGCAAUCUUGUACGUCCAAGAUUUGCAAAUGCAAAUUAAAAAGCUUAUAACUGAAGUUGCUGGGCUAGAAUUAUCAGUAGGAGUAGGAGGAAAUAAAGAAGCAGGUGAAGUAGGAGGAGGAAGAGGGAGAUUUAAUAAAGAGUUGCUUUCUACUAAGCCCAAGAAGGUCCAAGUAAUAGACAAGAAGCAUCUAGGUUGUUGGAAGAUAUUGCAGAUGGAGGUAUUUGAAGUAGGGGAAAGAGAGUUCUAUGUGAGGUUAGAUUGCAAUAGGGGAGAAGGGGUGGCAGUAGCCCUUUACAAGGCCCUUGAGUCUCUGACAUGCUUCGAUGUCCAAAACUCCAAUGUCUCUUCAUUUUCUGAUAGAUACGUGAUGACUUCUACACUUAAUGUUAGGACGGGUGGGGAAGAGAUGAAAGUGACCACAUUGAAGAAAUUGGUGAUGGGUGCUUUUCGCAACCAGGGAUUUGAGUUCAAAACAUCACAUCCUUAGAAGAUUUCUCAUUCCAAGCAAGUAGCAACCUUAGCUCUGUGUAUGUUGUAUAGUUUCCAGUAUGGCUGCUACUAAGUCAACUUCUUGAGGGGAAAGUAACCCAAAA